AUGCCGUCCAUAGUCAACCUCAAGUUCAAGGGUAACAAGUCCUUUGUUGCUUUUAGCAACUUGAGCGACACCGAGUCACUCUCAAAAACUUGGAAGGUAUGCACCAAAGUUGCAUCGUAUCUCGAGCAGGGCCAGCGCCUCGAGAAUCUUUCUUGGCGACUUUGGCACUUGCAAAACCUAAUGGUCGACACAGACAAUGCGAAGUCUAAACGCGAAUUCAAGAAGUUGUCAAAGAACAUGGGCGACAAACUCGACAAGGAGAAGGGCCGCGCUAUUGAAUCCCUCGAAGCACCUGACUUCAAACGAAACGCUUCAACUGACCUCAUUCGUCAACGAGCUGUUGAACGCGAACGUUCCCGAGAGGCUUCCCAGAACGCCCGGCCCGGUACCAUUAAGCGAAUGCAGUUUACCUUCAGCAUCGACGCUCCCCCCGGCUCAUUCCCCGCAAUCUCAUCUUCAUCCUAUACUUUCUCUGGCGAAGGCUCCACACCCACAAAGCCGGAUCUCAGGCCUAGCGCCGAGUUCAGAGAGGGUCGCAGGCGCAGGAGAGGUGACGGAACCUCUGGCACUAACCAUAUCUCUUCCGACCCAGCAUCCAGCCAGAACGGUGCUUCUUCCUCUUCUACCAACGACUCGUCCUACGAAAAAUACACGGCUUCGUAUGAAAAACUUCAUUUUCCUCCCAUCUUCAGUACUUCGUUCGGCCCAACUGCUCUACUCUACUCCACCCCCACCCUAUCUAACCCCAUGAGCUAUGGGGAAGGCGUCAGUGGUGGUUGUGCAACCGGCUUUAGCAUUUAUCGUCCAACUAUUGAACUCCCCCUAGACGAGCUUCUAGGCGAUGAGUACGAUGGCGAAGACGACCGAAUGGCCGACGCUCCCAUUGAGCAACCAGACGAUACCAAAGAAGACGGAAACGAAGAAGGUGACGUCGUCAUGCGGUACGACGAAUACAACGACAACGCAGCGGCUUCUACUGAACAAGAUGUUCUGAUGAGCGAUUCUCGUCAGCAACCGCAACCGCAGCCAUCCACUCCAGAUCCGUUCCCAGUCCCGCAAGUCCCUUCUCACCCUCACACUCACGCUCAAUCGCACCCGCGUACUCGCGGCAAGGACCGCUCCGGCAAGACGCCCACAAACCGUCCUGUACUCACCGUGCAAACAUCUGCCACUAAGAGGACUGGUAAGGUUGGACGGCGUGCUUCUGGAAGCGUGAAGAGAAAAGCAACGCUUACUGCUCCAGGCGGCGUCAAGGCCGAGUGUAACAAUUGCGGCGCUACCCAUACCCCGCUAUGGAGAAGGGGUUUGAACGAUGAGUUAAAUUGCAACGCUUGUGGUCUUUAUUGUAAAUUGCAUAAACGUCCGCGUCCAAAGUCCAUGCGUGCUAGUCAUGGAGAAGGACGACGCGGUGGUGCAUUGUCUUUGGCUUCUGCUUUGUCCACCGCGCAGUGUUACAACUGCCACACGACUGCAACCCCUUUGUGGAGAAAGGACGACGAAGGCAAGACCGUGUGCAACGCAUGCGGCCUCUACUAUAAACUCCACGGCUCUGCUCGUCCCAUCAGUAUGAAGUCCGAUAUUAUUCGCAAGCGCUCUAGACACGACGCUCGUGCGCAGCGCACCCCCUCCGAGACGCCUUCUCAAACUCAGACGCCCUCCGCGUCUCCAGGCGUCUCACGUCGCCCUACCCCGUCGCCGUCGCCAAUUCUAGCACCGGAUAGCACGACUCAACCCGUUGCCUCGCACAAUAUGAGUACGGGGAUGGGAGCAGGCGCAGGUAUGGUGGGUACGGGUAUGGGAGGCAGCAGCGAGUUAAUGGGCGCACUGGGUGAUACCUAUGCAGUGUAUAACCCCUUCCCUGGCCCAUACCACCCAGACUAUCUCAGCCAGAAUUGGGUACCACCCAGUAUGACUGGCAUGAGUAGUGGCACCAACGAGGCUUUACCUACUACUGCGAACGCCAACUCGAACUCUAACAUGACUGGGCGUACUGCCAAGCGCCGCCGUAUGAGCACUGACAGCGUGUCAGAGCCGCCUAGCAGCGCGGUUUCUUAUUCCUCUUAUGGAGGGGACAGCUUCACAACGGGUUCUAGUGCGACAAGUGCAGGUACUUCUUCGUCUUCGCGGCGUAGCAGCAUGGAUUUCCCGUUUUUCAGCCCUUAUACGGUAUUUCGAGGAAACGGUAACAACGCUUUCUGGCACCACUCUAGCAACAGCAGCGGCGCUGACCGCAGCCCGCAAUUCGACGAAGAAAGUUUAUUCGCGACUUAUUUGCACCCGCCGAUGAUUCUUCCGCAGGAGGGUGAGCAGGUACAACAUGGGUAUGAGUAUGGGCAAGGGGAGUACUACGAGACGGGGAAUAUGCAGCAGUACUAG